CGCCAACUAAGAAGAUGUGAAGCCCUGGCCCCACCCCCUGUCGCUCAAAUGCACCUGUCUGCUCUCCUCUCUGCACCCCGCUGAGUCCGAUGGCACAGCAUGAAGAGAACGAGCGCCCGCCCCCCUACUCUGUGGCAGUACACACCCAGCCCCCCCUCAAGUCCUACGAGGAGGUGGUGUUUGGGGACCCUGCCUGGUUGGUCCCUCCCAGCCAGCCGCACUACAUCCCCCAGCAUGCACCAGCAGUGACCCCUCUGCCGGUCAAAGAACCCAGCAAAGAACUCCACAGCUGUAGGAAGCUGAGCUGCUGCACCAACAAGACCAAACGAUAUGCCAUUUUUGGGGUCACCAUCCUCUUCCUCGCCCUUCUGGGUCUCUUCAUCUGGCUGGGAGUGCAUUAUGGCUCCCGCCGUCCCACACCUCCUGGUGGGGGCCACAUUGACGGUGACAGUGAGGAAGAUGGAGGAGGAGGAGGAGGCUUGGAGUCUGAAGAGGCUGCUGACAAUGAAAGUGGGGAGGACGGAAGCCAUGAGAAUAAUGGUAAAAUGUUGAGCAUCUACGACACUUGCUCCAACGCCACAGUCCAGUGUGACUCGAAGAUAGACUGCGAGCUGGGAACUGACGAGAACGACUGUGUGAGGUUUGGGGAGAACGGCUCUCUGCACGUCCGCACAUCUGAGGACGGUGUCUUCCUCCCAGUCUGCUACCUGGGCUGGGACCAGAGCUACGCUGACCAGACCUGCGCCCAGCUGGGCUUCAGAAGUGCUUCUGGCACUAAGCCAGUGAGUUCCCAGCAGUCUACAUCUCUGACUUUGAGCAAAAGGUCAGCCCUGCCCAUACAGGGGCUGGUCAACAUCAGCAAAACCUGCCCAGAUGACAAGACUGUGUCCCUGCAGUGUGUGGACUGCGGCCGACAGCAGUCCACCAAUAGGAUCAUAGGGGGCGCAGUUUCCCAGCCGGGCCAGUGGCCCUGGCAGCUGUCCUUGCAGUACAGGGGCACUCACAUCUGCGGAGGCGUGCUCAUCUCUCCUGACUUCGUCAUCACCGCUGCUCACUGCUUCCCUUGGUCCACCCCCUCUGCUCUGGUGGCCAGUAACUGGUAUGUGUAUGGAGGGACUGUUUCCCAGGACCGGCUGCCCCUCCCCUACUAUGUGGAGCAGAUCCUAGUGAAUGAGAACUACAACAACAAGACCAAUGACCAGGACAUCGCCCUCCUCAAACUCACUGCUCCAGUCACCUUCACCGGUGUUGUCCAACCCGCCUGCCUGCCAGCCUUCGACCAGAUGUUUCCCCAAGGGAGCAACUGCUGGACCACUGGCUUCGGUACCACAUCAGAAGGAGCAGCGAGUGGCUCCAGGACUCUGAUGGGUGUCCAGGUGGAACUCAUAGACUCGCGUGUGUGUAACAGCUCCAUGAUCUAUGCUGGUACUGUGUCUACCAACAUGAUGUGUGCUGGAGACCUGAAAGGUGGUCGAGAUUCCUGCCAGGGCGACAGUGGCGGGCCGCUGGUGUGCCAAGCCGAUGACAGUCGCUGGUACCUGGUGGGAGUGACGAGCUGGGGGGCGGGGUGCGGGCAGAGGAGCCAGCCCGGAGUGUACACCAAGGUGUCCAGCCUGGUGCCUUGGGUCUACAGAAAGAUGCAGCAAGAGAGGCCGUGAUGUCACUUCCUCUCCCAUGGCGCUGCUACAUCCUGUGUCCAAGAAGCCCACUGGCAACGUGCUUCCUCCCCCUGAUGGAGGGAGAGAGGGGUGGACAGUAAAGAUGGACAGCUGGAUAGAUGGAGGAGAGGAGGGUGAACUUUUUGUGUGUGUCUGUUCCUGUUUUGUGCUGUACCUCCCAGAAUCACUGGAUGUACAGCAUGUGUGCUGUUCCGUACAAUUCACUUGAUCCCAUAAAUGUUAAUGCACUGAAACUCUGUGUUGCAUACUCUGGGUUAUUUUGAUUCCAGUUUUGGUAUUUUCUGGUGGUAUGUCAAUCUUGCAGUAGACCUAUAGCUACUAUGAUGUUUACCUUGUUGGGGAAGGGGUGUGUGAUUGGGGGGGGGGGGGGGGGGGGGCAGGAGUGGUCAAAGAGUUUUUAUGGAGUUUUGUGCCUUUGUCCUCUGUUCUCACAGCAAACGCAGACCUUAAACUCUGUUCUUUUCCAAACACGGAUCCAGUCUGUGGUUCUUUUUAAGAUAUGCUGGUGUUGAGACUGGGUUGGAUGUAGACUAAUGAACAUAGUGCAGGCAUAGGCUACUGCCUCCUAGGCACUCAUGUGGUUAGGCCUGUGUCUUAGCGUAAAGUAGCUUUGUGGAAGUCUGUAUAUUGAUUCAAACAACACUCCUUGAAUGAAUAAAAGUCAAAAAUCAACUGCCAA